UUCCAGAAACCGACUCCAGCGCCAAAAUGAACAGAAUAGGCGGUUUGUUGAGGCCGGCAAGCUUUUUGGCCAGACCUGUUACGCCCAUCUACGCUUUUAGAGCUCUUCACAGCACGAGAAUCAUGAGCAAUAAUAAUUUAUUUGGAGAAUUGACUUCGACAAAGAAACAUGAGUUACCUACAGAACCUGCAACAACCACUGAAGCAGUAGAGUCUACACAGAGUGUGAAGAAUCCUGACAUUGAAAACGAUGCCGAAUUACAGAAGUAUCACCGCGAAGAAGCGGCCAAGAACCAGCUUCGUGUAGACAAGUAUGUCACACCAUUGAAGAGAGAGUUGUUCAACCAGGUAGUUAAAGAACAUGGAUUUUUCAAGAAUAACUCGGUAGUCACCAACAGCAGCGAUGGAAAAUUAUACCAAGUCUCGUUAUCAGCACAAGAGAUCGAUUUGUUAGAGCCCUCAGUGUAUCUCAGCUCCUACAGAGUCAAGUCGUCGAUGAAGAAGGCUACACAGGUGAAUCGUUUCGUAAGAAAACAGACAGUCAAGAAUGCCAUCAACCAGUUGCAUUUCAGUCCUAAGAAAAUGGCCAAGGAGUUGGAGAUAUUAUUAAAGCGUGGUUUGGACCAGGCCCGUAGUCUCGAUCUCGAUGAGGAUACCAUGUAUAUCGACAGCUUAUGGGUAGGCAGCGACGGAAACUGGAGAAAGAGACUUGAUAUUAAAGGAAGAGCCAGACAUGGAGUUAUCGAGCACCCUCAGAUCCACCUCAAGGUUAUUUUGAGAUCGAACCAGACGAAGUUGAGAAAGGCUUGGGAACAACAGCAACGUGAACAGAACGCCAAACCAAGAAUGUUCUUGAACAACGAGCCAUUGAACUUCAAGGUCAGACCAGUCUACAAGUGGUAAGCAUGUACAUAGCCAGAAGCAUCUUGUAAUGAUAGAAAUAUAUGUAGAAAUACUAC